AUGACAGCGGAAAGGAAAGGAAAGAAAAUAUGUUGUUCAGCUAUCUCUGAACAAGCCUUGGAGGCUGAAGCCAAGGCCUCGGAAACGGGAGCCGAGAGGAUGGGAUCGCAUCGCAGAAUACAAGAACAAGAUUUCACUUCUAACAAUCCUGGUCCGGGUAUCGGUAUGCUAUGCUCUCCCCACGCCUCAGCCCGAACGCUUGAACGCUAA